UUCGAUUAGGUCAACGGCGUCGUCGUUUACAAUGCCUAAAGGCAAAAAAGUAGUGGAAAAGGCUCAAAAAGCCGCUACUGCUGUGAAAAGUGGUCUGAAGAAAAGGAGAGUUCAUAAAAUCAGAACAAAUGUUCACUUCCACCGACCGCAUACUUUAAGAUUACCUAGACGACCUAAGUAUCCGCGCAAGUCAUUUCCUAAAAAGCCAGCUUUGGAUCAGUUUAAAGUUAUCCGCUUUCCUCUAACAACAGAGUCGGCAAUGAAGAAAAUAGAGGACCAUAACACUUUAGUAUUCUUAUGUGAUGUGAGAGCAUCAAAGCCACAAAUACGCGACGCAGUAAAAAAAAUGUACAACAUUGUGGCAGACAAAGUCAAUACUUUAGUUAGACCGGAUGGACAGAAAAAGGCUUACGUAAGGCUCACCAAAGACUAUGACGCACUGGAUGUUGCUAGUAAGAUUGGCAUAAUCUAAAUCUAUAAAUCGCUGUUAUCUACAGGAAAUGGGGCUUUGUCCAGUGUAUUGUAUUGC